UUAACGCUAAACGAAGUUGAUAAAUAUUAUUCAAAGCCUACCUUAUUUUUACAAUCAAUCGUAGUCACCGCAAACUCAUAAUCCAUGUCCGAAAAUACACCACAAAAGCUCUACCCCAUCUCCGCCCCGCAACUGCAGCAAUUCGUGCAGUCCAUCUUAACUGCCAACGGGAUUUCACCAGCAAACGCGGAAAUAACUGCAUCAUGUCUGGUCCAAGCAGACCUUCGAGGGGUUGAUACACACGGAAGCAACCGCAUCCCCUCGUAUGUAGAGCGCAUUCGCCAGGGAGUUCUCAAUCCGUCCGUUGACCCGACACUCACCCAAAUAACACCAGUUGUGGCACUAGUCGAUGGGCAUAACGGCCUCGGGUUCCCGGCCGCCCAUAUUGGAAUGGCCAGAGCCGUUGAGAUGGCCAAGGAGUUUGGUAUCGGUAUGGUGAGUGUGAAACACUCGAAUCACUUCGGCAUGUCCGCCUGGAUUGUCCAGCAGGCUAUCGACGCCGGGAUGAUGUCCCUUGUUUUCACGAACUCGUCACCUGCGCUUCCCGUAUGGGGUGGGCGCGAGAAGUUGAUGGGUGUAAGCCCGAUUGCCUGUGGUGCGCCAGCGGGUAAGUCAAAACCAUUUAUUCUCGAUAUGGCGCCUAGCGUGGCCGCAAGAGGGAAGAUCUAUAAAGCCCUGAGACGAGGGGAGAAGAUCCCUACAGACUGGGCUCUUGACGGUGAAGGGAAGCAGACAGAUGACCCGGCUAAAGCUUUAGAAGGGGUGAUGUUGCCUAUGGGAGGACCCAAGGGCUCUGCAUUGGCGAUUAUGAUGGAUGUGUUUUCAGGGGUUCUUUCAGGCUCAGCAUUUGCCGGACAGGUUACUGGGCCGUAUGAUCCGUCAAAGCCGGCGGAUGUUGGUCAUUUUCUAGUCGCAGUUAAACCAGAUCUAUUUAUGGGUUUGGAGGAGUUCAAAGAGAGAAUGGACUAUUUAUACCAGAGAGUCGUUGGCAGCCAAAAGGCGUCUGAUGUUGAGAGAAUAUACUUCCCAGGAGAGAUUGAGCAGGAUUUAAGGGAGGAGAGGCUGCAAACCGGAAUACCGUUGAGCGAAAAGGAGAUCGAAGCACUUAACGACGAAGCCAGGAGGGUAGGAGUGGCUUUAUUGAAGGAUAUUUGAUGUGCAUACUAGCGGCGUUUAUGUUCUAUUUCUAGAUUAUAGGCUAGUCAUCCCGGUUGUCUGAGGAAGAAACGUUCGUGAUGCUACCAGCUUUUUGUAGAGAAUUUUCAUAAAUUAGUUGAACAGACAGAAUAGUUG